ACAAAUGACAUAACUCGUGACCAACAACAGUGUACAUCAAUCAAGCUCUAGAACCAUCGUCAAAUCAUCGUGCCGUUGUACUACGCUAGCUACAGCUACUAUACAUCGUAUAGUCUCGUAUUGGAUUCAAACUAGCGAAUUGCCUCAACCGGAUUGAGUCACGCAAAUCAUAUCACUCAACGUCAGCGAUGGGCAAAGAGACUCCCCUUGUGUCAUCUCGACGUCUCUCCAACGCCGAAGGCGAUCCUGUCGCUGUUGUCCGCGUUCGAAAUCUCCAAACGACUAUCCAAGGACCCAAAGAUGCCUGGGGUCGAGGUUCUAAGCAGCAGCCUCUUCUGAUAUCCGCCGAGGUGUCACUGACGCAUGCGUUCCCCUCAUCGUCGUCAGACGACAAGGUCGCUUCCGAUACCGUUCACUAUGGGCUCCUUAGCAAAUCUAUCCUCAGCACACUGGAGAAGUUGCCCAGGUCAGCUUUGUCGUUGAGCGAUGUGCUCAACAGGCUCUGGGUUGACCUUACUGGUUUCCAGUACACUGGCGUGAAGGAGCCUUCCGCACAAAACAGAAAGGCUUUCCUCGAUAUGAGCCUUAUCCGAAGGCUUUCAGUCUCACUCGUUCUGCCCAAGGCCUCGUUGAUGGGAAGUGCAAUCCGACUCUCGGGAUCGUGUCUCUUCGCCGACUCAGCCAUCACCGCGCGAAGUCUGGAGCUGGGUCUGGAAGGGAUCAGAGUGCCAACACUCAUCGGUGUCAACAGCAAUGAGCGAAACGCUAAGCAAGUCGUCAUCACAAACAUCCGCAUCGAUGAAUACCAAACCGCACACGAUGACUAUGCUGUAAUUGAGAGUACCAUUGUUGAUGCCAUGUCAGAAUCGUCAUUUGAAACUCUGGAGGCUUUGGCAGCAAGCCUGGCUUUCCAUAUUGCCCGGGAACUCAGGACCAAGCGUGACGAUUUCUACGGACAAAUCAUUCGCAUUGGACUCGAGAAGCCAACAGCCGUGCCUCUGGCCGAGGCUGCCUGUGUAGAGCUCACGGUCAGAACCGAAGAUGUCAAGAUCGAGGUCUCUAAGACGAAAGAUGUUAGGUUUGAUGAUACUAGAAACCAGAUUGCGCACUCGAAUGACAAGAAGUCGUAGUGCACUUGGGCUUAGGUAGAAGUGUGAUACGGGGAGUAAAAAGUCGGUCGCAUGUGCCUAUAUGGCUUCUUGGAUGUAUUAUUCCUUUUUCAGCUGCUCAAGUUCGCUUUCGACAGCCUGCAUAU